CUGCUCAGCAUCCCAAAAUCUCUUUGGUCAUUGCUAUCAUAUAUGCCCUAUCUUUUUGCUGAGCCCAGUCUCUGAAGAAUGAUAAUCAUCAUCCUCAUCUCGUAAUCUUGGCACGUACCUACGCGAAGCCACAAGACACUCAUACCUUGCUUGGACAACGACUAUCCCACCGCCUUCAAACUCCCACCACUGGACGCCCACCAUGGAAGGCUUUCACAGUUGUUUUUGCCACCACGACCAACCCCAUGGGCCCGGCUCUUCCUCCUAUUUGCUCCCCGCCAUACAUUGGUGGCAGUAAUAGUGCUUUUUCCCCGAACCGAACUCCUAUGUUGUUCCAAGGACCAAGACCAAGAGCCGGCGAGGCAGGAUUUAUACCUCCCCGCCCCAAAGAAACGAAAACGAAAAUGGCUUUGUCAGCCGUGUGGAGCCCCGGUGAUAUAUCUCUGAAUACCUACCUUUCAGAUACCUCGUGAUACCCACGUGCAAGGCAGGAUCGAUAGGGUAUAAAUAUCUGCCGCCGACUUGAGAGGUAGACUUGGACAGUGGGGUUUCUUUCUUCCUCUGGAUUGAAAGAGAGGAAGAAACAGUGAGGCAUGGAGAGUUGAGGUGCUUGCAAACGAGAUAGAAGAGGGACGUACUG